CAUCCUAACACACACACUCACACACACUCUCACACACACACUGGAGACCCGUCUGCCACACACACACACAUACACACUCUCUCACACACACACACACACACACACACACACACACAGACUGAUGCCUGCGGAGCGUUAAAGCGUUUAGCUGAGACUGACGGACUCACGGACUCACAAUGUGGAUCACCCUGAUUUAUCUCUGAGGAACUGAACGAGGACGAGCAGGAAAACCGGGGUGCUAGAGGGAGUGAUGUCGGCAGGCGAGGAGGAGCGGGAUGGUCAGGCGGCAGCGCCCGUGUACGUGUAUGAAUCAAAGGUCCACUGUGCCAACGUGCUGCUGAGCCUGGAGGAGCAGCGGCGGCAGGGCAUCCUGUGUGAUGUGACCGUGCUGGUGGAGGGGAGGGAGGUGCGCGCUCACAGAGCCGUCCUCGCUGCGAGCAGCCGCUACUUCCUGCAGGCUCUGCUGGGACACCACGGGUCAGCAGGUGAAGCAGAGCCCAUCGUUAACCUGCCAGACAAGGUGACGGCUAAAGGCUUCGCUCCAUUGCUCCAGUUCGCCUACACGGCCAAGCUUGUUUUAAGUAGAGAAAACAUCCACGAGGUCAUCCUGUGCGCCGACUUCCUGGGUAUUCACAACUUGGAGGACUCCUGUUUCCGGUUCCUCCAAGCCCAGCUACAGGACGACAGCGACCACGCCAGCAACGGUGAAGUGGGAUACAACGACGACAACGCAGCCGAGGACACGGUCUUCUCUGAGGAGACAUCCUUGGAUGAGUCGACGGAGACGAGGCAGCAGAUCAAUCAUGUAGCAAGUACUGCUUCGCUUUCUCAGUGUCCUAAAUACAGGAAAUAUCAGUACCAGCUCUGUGAGGACAAGCACAACGGGGACCACCAUGACGGCGUUCAUGAAGUCCAUUUGCCCAAUCAUACCUCAGUCAGCCCUGUGAGCUCACAGCUCUCAGACCACAACCCUGCUGCUCCACGAUCUCUCCUGUCCCCCUCCAGGAUCAAAGAGGAGCCGUUCGUGUUUGAGGAGGAAGAGGAAAGGAGUGGGGGAAACCCCGAGAUGUGCACUGAGGAGGUCCUGGAGAUGGAGCUAGAAGUAGAAGGGGUUCCAGUAGCACCCGAGCACUCUCCGAGCAGAGGGUCGCCCUCCUCCUGCCUGCGCUCCUACCUCCAGAGAGGCGGCCUGGACCUCAGCUGUGUGCCGAGCACCACCAUCCAGCAGCUGCUCACCAACAGACUGUCCCUCAACCACUACAGGGAGCUGGUCAAAGACCGGCCGAGGGACAAGACAGAACCUCUGGGUCAAGGGGACCUCAAGGCCAGCAUCGCAGAUGGAGUGGGCAAGAGAAUCGAAAGACCGAUUUCCAAAGCCUCGUCCUCUAAAUAUGAGGGCGAGCUGGACCGGCGCAGCGUCAUUUUCUCCUCAGCGGCGGGCGAGCAGCAGAUGUUGACUCAUUCUUACAUGGAGGAGAACUUCAGAGAGAAAGUCUCCACCCUUGUGCAGGUAGACGCUCCUUCUUCAGGUCGCUCAUGUCUCAGCACCAGCUGCCCUGUUCCCAUCAAGACAUCAGCCCAGUCCCCGUCUCCUUCUGAGCCCCGGACCCAGACCUCCAGCUCUCGCUCCUCAUUCUCGUACCCGGAGGACGCAGGCAGCGGUAGCUCGCCCUCCAGCCUUCCACAGUUUGACUUCUCCUCAUCUCCAAACUCAGGCUCCACCUCUGGACUGUCUCACUGCCUGUCUGGGGUAGUGGAUCAGAGGAACCCACACAGUGGGGAGCUUCUCUUCUCCCAGAGCUGCAACAAGAUCAAAAGUGAGCGGGGUUUCGGUGCCAGCGGUGGAAACUCCAGCGAUGAAUCAGGAUCGUUCUCAGAGGGCGACAGCGAGAGCGGCAUCUCCAGAGUCUCCUGCCCCGAGGUGAAGCUGCCCUUCCCGGUGGAUCAGAUCACGAACCUGCCACGCAAUGACUUCCAGAUCCUCAUAAAGAUGCACAAGCUGAACUCGGAGCAGCUGGAGUUCAUCCACGACAUCCGCCGCCGCUCCAAAAACCGCAUCGCUGCCCAGCGCUGCCGCAAGAGAAAGCUGGACUGCAUCCAGAACCUGGAGUGUGAGAUACGCAAACUGGUCCAUGAGAAGGAGAAGCUGCUGAGUGAGCGUAACCAGCUGAAGGUGUGUAUGUCGGAGCUGUGGCAGAACCUCUCCUUCCUCUCUCAACAAGUGUGUCGGGAGGUCCAGGGCUCUCAGCCGCCUGCCGUCUCCGCCAGCAUCGACCUCACGUCAAACCCACCAUCGCCUUCUUCGGACCCCGGAUCAUCCCGGCCCAGGUCUCCUGCGUCUCAGCGAAGCCGCAGGGCUCGUCAGUCUGACGGAGGUCCCGGUCUUGGGGGUCCUGUGGUGGAGAACCCAGAGUGUCCACUGGUGCUUGGAUCCACUGAGGAAGUAUGUAGCCCCACCGUCACGGUGGAUUUCUGUCAGGAAAUGACUGAGAAAUGCACAACGGAGGAGCAGGACUGUACUUAGAGACGGUUUGAUCGGUCUAACAUUUGUGUAUAAAUAUUUGAAGUAUUUUCUUUCUUUUUGUAACGACGACACAAACGUUGUCUUAUCAGCAAUACUGUUUAACAGAUAUUUUUGGACUGGUUCGAAACUAAAGCACUGGCAGCUUUCUCUCACUCUCUUCUUCUUCUUCUUCUUCUCUGUCUCAUCCAGACUUCCUCUUCCUGUCCGCUUCCCUCCCUCUCUGGUGCAUCAUGGGAGGUUAAACUCAGGAAUUCCUCAGAAUGUUUAGUAACGUCCCCGUCAACGUGUCCUCGCACUUUAUUUUACAGUCCUGUCAGACCUUGAUGAUUACGUCAGAACUUACUGUUGAUUAGUUUAAAUAUUUCAGACUUUUAACGCUCAACGUUUUAAAUACGAUCCUCCCUGAGAGGAGGAGAUCACUCUCACGUCUGUGUGUGAGAAGCUGGUUAGCCUAGCAGAGCUUGGAGGAGCAGGGGGGAGCAGCUAGAACCGGCAUCAAGAGCUUCAGGGCGGACUUCACGUCGAUUAAAGAUGUUAAAGGAGAAGAUUUAUUUAUUCACAUUUUAUUAUUUGAAGAAGAGAACAACUCUGCAGCUCAGCUGCUGUGUCGUCACAUAAGAGGAAUCAAACGAAUCGUUCUGUUGCUUUACAGUUUUUCUCAGUUGCCUUGGUACAUUUCUUGAAUCAUCCUCGACAUUUGCAGAACAAAUGUCCAUCCAUCCAUCCAUUAUCUUGACCGCUUAUCCCGUUAGGGGUCACGGGGGGCUGGAGCCUAUCCCAGCUGGCUUCGGGCGGAAGGCAGGGUACACCCUGGACAGGUCCCCAACCUAUCACAGGGCAGAACAGUAAGUGCAUUUCUCAAAACAAUUUGUACAAACAGCAAAACACCAUGGAUCCCCUGCAAAAUCCUGAGUUCAUCUCUCAAAAGUAAAUAUCUGUGUCAAUGAACCUGUCAGUGCCAUCAGAGUGACAAGUCCUUGUGUCAUUGUGUACGGAUAAGACAGUCAAACUGCUGAGUCAUGUUGUCAAUAUAACAGUGUACUCUGGAGGGACGUUCUGAUGUAAACCAUGGCUUAAGUUUUGAUGACAGUUAUUGUAAAUUGUAAGUUACACCUUAGUGUAUGUGGGAGAUUGAUUGCAAGAGACUGGACAAGAUUCACAUUAAUGCGAUUACUGUUCGUGUAACUCCCUCCAGUCAAGACACGGACACAAGGCGUUCCUUUUCUUACGGGCAUUUAUUUCGCACAAUCUGUGCCUUUUGAGCAUGCCGUGAGAGCUGUAAUACAAAUCAUAAAAUCAGCUUGAUGAAGCUUAAACACAAAUUACAUAAACACAUAACACACUACUUAUCAAAUCAAAUCAAUAUACAUGGAAACUUUAUGCUGUUUAACUUAUAAUCAUAUCAAAGAAAAGAAUUCGGCCACACAAACGAACUUUAACACAUACCUCAUUGGCCCCAUGAACUGUAAGGGAGUAUAAAUGAAUAUCUGGCUUCCCAGGUCUUUCAAUGUGCAGCAGCUUCCUCCUCUAUGCAUUAACCUUGAUGCAUGGCAAGCAUGAGGUGCUAAGCCCCGCCGCUUUCUCAUGUUCUGGAAGCUUUCACUUUCUAUUAGGAACAAGUUCUUAUUAACUUAUAUUAAACAGCUAAAUACUUUCACCUUAAAUUAUUCUAGUUUUUAACUUAAAUUAUUAUAUGAAUUGAAAUGAACUGGCAGCUACAGUUUGUACUUUAAUUUGUUGACAGACCAUGUCAUUGCAAAACAGAGAGAACAAGACCGCACUGCAUAGCACAAAGAAAAAACAAGAAAACAGAAGUAGAAAUGUGAACAUAGGGGAAACUGGACAUGCAGUGCAGUCUUCCUACACCUCCUGACGUUCCUGUCUGUUGGGCCUUCGUUAGAGACAGUCAAGAUUCACCUGGGAGCAAUUUAACAAUUCAGGACAGAUUUAGAAAAGAAGUCUG